GUGAAUGUAUAAAAGUGACGGGACGGCGGUCCAAUAGUUACAAUAUCUAUGCAAAUAUAUAAUUUAAUAAUUAUUGUAAACAAUUAACAAUUAUAUUUAAUUGUACAUUGUUGGUGAUAGUGAUUUAAGAUAAUACUAUGAAAGUAUCUAAGACUAGUUAAUAUUUUGAACAUUUUACAAUCACGAAAUGAGAUUACAUUUUCAUAAAAUCAGUAGUAAAAGUUGAAGGAUAAGUUAACUUCUGAUUUGUAUUCAUAUUUAUUGGGGCAAUGCGAAACAAUUCUAGAAGGAGACCCAGAAGGUACUUUUUGGGACCCUCAAAUGGGCAACUGCUUUACUUGCUUCAAGGAGCCCACACAAACGGCCCUAGACAAAACUACAGAUCACAAAGAUAAAGAAGAAAUGACAGAAGACCAUCUUCAUCCAGCACCAAGUCAUGUGCCAGCCCCCACAGCUCCCCAUGAUACCAAUCUGAGUAACGGCAACCAUUUAUCUGCUCCACCAGAAGUAACAACAACUAUAAUCCGUUUGUGCCAGCCUAGUCGAAGAACUCACUCAAAAUCAGCUGCUGCAAUAAUGGGUAUUUCAGAUAGCAAGUCUUCUGAGACAAAACUAAAUGGACUUUUUGAACAGUACAAGGAUAAAAGUGAAGAUAGUAUGCUUGCUGAAGGAAUAGAACAAUUUUGUCAAGACUUGCAAGUUUCUCCUGAUGAUUUCAAAAUAUUAGUUCUAGCUUGGAAACUUAAUGCGGAACAAAUGUGUCGCUUUACACGAUUAGAAUUCAUAACUGGAAUGAAAGCUAUUCGUGCUGAUUCAAUUAAAUCACUACAAAGUCGCUUGCCAGAACUAGUGAGUGAAGUUAACAACAAUUAUGAACUCUUUAAAGACUUGUAUCGUUUUACUUUUCGUUUUGGGUUAGAUUCAUCCUCAGGUCAAAGGAUUUUACCAACAGACAUGGCAGUCAUUUUGUGGAAGUUGGUGUUUACAUUUCGCGAACCACCCAUAUUGAAUCGUUGGCUGAACUUUCUGGAAACUCAUCAGAUAACUAGAGGCAUUCCAAAAGACACCUGGAAUAUGUUUUUGAAUUUUUCUGAGCAUGUAGCGAAUGACUUAAGUUGUUAUGAUGAUAAUGAAGCUUGGCCUAGUCUUUUUGAUGAUUUUGUAGAAUUUGAAAACGACCAAGUGAACCAAAAUAUUCCAAAAGAUAUGGAAAAAGAAUCUGAUGGACUUAUCAUUACAAAAAAUUGAUGUUUCUUUGGUGUAUUAUCAUUGAACAAAAAACUGCCUAAGUAUUUUAUAAUAUUAAAUGCAAAUAAAGUGUUGUGAUACUAUGAAUGUAGCCCUUUCAAAUCUACUGUAAGAAAGAAGUGUAGAGUUAUUCUAUAUUUUGAUUUGUAUAUAUAUAAUAUUUAUUGA